AUGAGAAAGCAAACGGCGGAGUCGGGUUCGGAUUUGGGUCAGGCCAUCCAACUCGUUUACAUAGAUGAGAAUGGGAAGUUGAAGACGGACCCAGAAGCCAUCGGCGCUCUUCAGAAGCUUAAGGGUCCUGUCGCCGUUGUCUCUCUCUUCGGAAGAGCUCAACAUGGCAAGAGCUUCAUCUGGAAUCAGCUUGUUAGCACGAGCAUUGGAUUUGAAGUUCAAACUCUUCACAGACCAUGCACUGGAGAUAUAUGGAUGUGGAUUGAGCCUGUGAAGAGGGUUUCAGAAGAUGGCACUGAAUAUAGUUUAGUCUUACUCGAUGUAGAAGGGGCUGACUCAAAUUGUGUAAUGGCUACACGAAGCAGUCAGAUAUUCGCCUUGUCUAUCCUCUUAUCAAGCGUGUUUAUCUAUGGUCCGACACUUGGUGUAGAUGACAUUGCACCUGAUCUCUCUCGUCUACUUGAGAUUAGCAAACACGAUCACGUUGGAGAAGCCAAUGACAAUACAUUUUCCGGGAUUGGGCAGUUCUCUCCCAUGUUUGUACAACUUAUGACGGACAUUAACACAGAAACAAUGGAAGGUGGAGAAGAUGUAGCUCAGAAUAACAGAGUUGUAGCGCUACGACCCCAGCGUCUCUACGGUGUAAAUGCCUUAGUGAAGUAUGUCUCUGAGAGAGUAAGGCCUAAGAAAAGAGGUGAUAGUACCAUCGUCACAGGGCCGCCUCUUGCUGGUUUCACAAAGUUGUUUUCAGAAAAUGUUAACAACAGUGUCGUGCCUAAAAUCUCUUCUUUAUGGCUGUCUGUAGAGGAAUUAGAAGGUCGAAGGGCUCGUGAUACGGCAACUGAAGUAUACAUGUCGUCUUUGGAGCGUGCAGAGACUCCCGAAGAAGAAUCGAUGCUAAUAGAAGCACACAACAAGGCGGUCAUCAAAGCCUUAACCGCGUUUUGUGAAUCUUCCAUUGGAAACAAUGAAGAUCACAAGAGAGUGGCAGAUAUGGAGGCGUAUUCGAGAUGUUGUAAUGCCAUAGAAGAUAUGGGCAAGAAACUAUGGGCAUUGCCUUGUUCUCGUGAUGCUAAUAGCAGCGAUAUGAUCAAGGCUCUUGAAACGGCUGUUGCAGAGUAUGAAGUAUCUAUCAACGGUCCUAUGAAGUGGCAGACACUUUCUUCGUUUUUUAAAAAGAGUAUACAGGACAUUCUCGUUCAUCGCAGAGGGGAUCAAAUGGAUGAACUUCUUUCUGAGAACUCCAAACUCAAGCUGCAACACAGUUCCAUGGAAAGCAUGAUGGAUAUACUCAAGAAACAGCUUGAAGGAGGAGAGAAAAUGAGGAAGGAAUAUCAGAAGCGCUACGAGGACGCCAUUAAUGACAUGAAUAAGCUCUCAGAUCAGUUCAAACACCGGAUUCAUGACCUGGAAAGUAAGUGUAAGUCGAUUCACGACGAACACUCAAACCUCAUGGAGGUGCUUGGGUCUACAAGACUUGAAGCUGCUGAGUGGAAACGUAAGUACGAAGGGACGUUGGGUGAGAAUGGAGCGAGCAAUAGUCAGGUAGUAGGGGCAGAUGCGUCUAUCAAGAGAUGCAGUAAGUCCAUUGAUUGGAAAAUUAAAUACGAGAACAUGAUAAGUGAGCAAAAGGCUGUUUCAGAGAAGAUAACAGCAAUGGAAGAGAGGUUGAAGCAAGCUUCAGCCACAGAAGAUGGCAUGAGAGCUGAACUCUCCCGUGUUUUGGAUGAAAAGGAGAAGGUAAUCACUGAGAAAGAUGCGAAGCUUGCAACUUUGGAGCAGCUACUGUCCUCUACCCGUUCUGAAUUAAAGAAAAGUGAGUUGAAGGUGAAAGAAUGUUCUUUGGAAGCAAAAGACUUGAAGCUUCGAAUCUCUGAUCUGAAUGAGAAGUGUGAAUCGGCGAAGUCAGCAGCUGAAACUGAGGCGUAUGCGUUAAAACAGGAGAGAGAUUAUUUAGACAAGAAGCAUCUUUCACAUAUGGAGGAACUUGGAAAACUCUGUCUUCGGCUAGAAGGUGCGGAACGCGAGGCUUCAUCGGCUAAGGAACUUGUAGAUUCAUUGAGAAUGGAAGCUGGAGCAGCACGGAAUAACGAGAAAAGUCUCCAGGCGUCACUUGUGGAGAAGUGCAUUGAGAUUGACCGAGCUAAGAACCGUAUAGGAGAGCUUGAGAAAGUCUGCUUGAAGCUCGAUGAUGAGGAAAGUGAAGCUUCAGCAUCUAAGGAACUUGUGGAUUCGAUGAAAAGGGAAGCGGAAGCCUUACGGAUGAAUGUGAACGAGCUCCAGACAUUGUUGCAGGACAAAUGCAUUGAAAUAGAUCAAGCUAAGUGCCGCAUAGAAGAACUCGAAAAGAUCUGCUUGAAGCUAAAAGAUGCGGAAGACGAGGCUGCAACAGCUAGAGAGCUUGUGAGUUCGAUGAAAACAGAAGUGGAAUCAGCUCGAUGCAACGAAGACAAACUACAUGCGUUGUUGCAGGAGAAAAGCAUCGAGAUUGACAGAGCUAAUGGCAUGAUUGUAAACCUUGAGAGACAGAAGAUAGCGCUGUCUAAAACGCUGGAGACAAGAGCGAAACAAAACGAAGAAGCGGUUGCUGAAUGGCACAGAAUCUUCAACGCAGAGAAGGAAAAGAACAUGCGGGUGAGUACGAUGCAGCGAGUGGACUCUUUCAUGGUUUCAGAUGAAGCAACACCACUCCAAGGCGUGAAGCGUUUGAAGGUAGAAGCUAGUGUAACCUCUUCGGGUUCAUUUUUCGCGGGAGAGACGGAAGAAGAAGAUGCGGUUUCACAAGAGAGCGGGAGAGCUAUGAGUGCAAUGACACCGAGAAGAUGCACUAGUAGUACUGAAGGUGGAGGAGCAUCUUCUUCCACAGGCAUGGAUCACUCGAAAUACACAAUGAAGAAGCUGAGAGAUGAGAUAAUGAAACACGGGUUUGGAGCUGAGUUGGUUGGGUUGAAGAAUGCAAGAAAGAGUGUGUUGGUUGAGCUCUACGAGCGUUGCGUUUUGCGAAAGUGA